AUGGCCUCGAGACAGAUUGCGCUGGAGCGGAUCGCUGAGGCAAGUCAAGAGAAUUCGGCGAAAGCCGAGACAGAUUCUAUCCAUGAAUCGGCCUUGGCGAGUCAUGGCAUGCCGAGUACCAAUGACAAUGGCGAGGACAAAGAGCCAAUGGCCGCCACAAACACACUUCCCAAUAACAAUGACGCCCAUGAACCGUCGGCUGAAUUCGUCCCAGAGGCACAACUAGAGACAACAGAGGUGGCACCAGCACCUGAAGAGCCUCAGCUUCUAUUCUCUGCCUUCACCAAGCGCCAGAAGCUGUUCAUUGUGAUAAUGGUUUCGCUGGCAUCAUUUUUCUCCCCUCUCUCUGGCCAGAUCUACUACCCCGUCAUGCCGACAUUGGUAAAGAACUACCAACUCACUCCCGCGCUGAUCAAUCUUACCAUCACAACAUACAUGAUCCUCCAAGGUCUGGCCCCAGCCUUCAUGGGCACCUUUGCCGAUACGGGAGGAAGACGUCCAGCCUAUAUUAUCGCCUUCGCUGUCUAUACCGCCGCUAACAUUGGUCUGGCGCUGCAGCACAGCUUCGCAGCUUUGAUGGUACUAAGAUGUAUUCAGAGCGCAGGAAGCAGCGGCACCGUAGCCUUCGGGUACGGCGUUAUAGCGGAUAUUGCGACGACAGCUGAGCGUGGGAAGUACAUCGGGCCCAUGGCAGCUGGUGUGAUGGUAGCGCCAGCACUGGGUCCUGUCAUUGGUGGUCUUUUGGCCAAAUUCCUCGGCUGGCGAAGUGUCUUCUGGUUCCUGGUUGUCAUCAGUGGCGGAUAUUUGGUCUUCUUUGUCAUUGCUAUGCCCGAGACAGCGCGCAAGAUUGUUGGUAAUGGGAGCGAGGUACCAACUGAGUGGUGGCGCAUGUCAGUACUUCAAUGGUUAUCGACAAGGAUACAUCGUUUGCAGAAAGAGUCAGAUGAGGAACAGCACGCUGGAGAAGAUCCUCAACAACAGUCUGAACAACAGCCCCGGCAGACAACGAAGCUGAAGUUCCCCAAUCCACUCGAUUCAAUCGCCAUUCUCCUUGAGUGGGAUGCCCUCAUCAUUAUCUCAUACGUUGGAUUCGUGAUGUUCGCGAAUAUUGCUCUGUUGACCAGUACUCCAAACUUGUUUGGUCCACUAUACGGAUUCAACGAGCUUCAAAUCGGUCUCUGCUUCUUACCUUUCGGUGUAAGCUCUUGCUUCGGCGCAGUGCUAUACGGCAAAGUAAUCGACUACAGUUACAAGCGCACAGCCCAGAAGGCCGGCCUCCCAGUGAACCGCCAGAAAGGCGACAGCCUCCGCAACUUCCCAAUCGAGCGCGCCCGUCUUCAAACAGUAUUUCCGGUCAUGGCCGUCGGCAUAGUGGCUUUUAUCCCAUAUGGCUGGGUCUUGCAACAGAGAGUACACUUGGCCGUACCACUCGUGUUGCAAUUCGUCAUUGGCUUCUGCUUCGUUGCAUCCCUGAACUGCCUGAAUACGCUUCUCGUUGAUCUCUUCCCAGACAGACCCGCCACGGCUGCGGCCGCAUGCAAUCUUGUUCGUUGCUGUCUGGGUGCUGUUGGGGCUGCAAUCAUCAACCAGAUGCUUAGUGGGAUGGGAUGGGGCUGGUGCUUUGUCUUCCUGGGAUUAGUUAUGACUGCUGGGCUGUCCUUGCUCUGGGUUGAGUGCGUGUUUGGAAUGGGGUGGAGGGAGAAGAGGUUGCUCAAGAUUGAGCGGAAGAAAAGAGAGAAAGAGGCGGCAGAGGCUGGUGAUAUCCCGGUGGAAGAUAAGACCAUUGAAGCGCAGAAUGCUGGAAAGGAAAACCAUGUCCAAGAAGUCGUUCUUGAUCCUCAGACGGACACUGUUGCAGGAACUGAGACUCGCCCGAACUAG